AUGACUAUCCCCAUCUACAUCGCCGGCGUUGCUGUCUUGGGGUUCUUCCUGUAUAGAUUGCUCUAUGGAACUGAUACACCACAUAUUAAGGGACUGCCAGAAGUCCCUGGCCUACCUCUUUUUGGAAGCUUGCACGAGCUUGGUACGAACCAUGCGAAAGUAGCGCAAGGGUGGGCGAAGAAGUAUGGCCCGGUCUUUCAAGUGAGGAUGGGAAACAGGAGGAUCGUAUUCGCGAACUCGUUCGAUUCCGUCCGCCAUCUCUGGAUCACAAACCAGUCAGCGAUGAUCUCUCGACCUAUGCUCCACACGUUCCACAAAGUGGUGUCUUCUUCCCAAGGUUUCACCAUCGGUACUUCACCGUGGGAUGAGUCCCUGAAGAACCGUCGCAAGGCCGCUGCCACGGCGCUCAACCGUCCUGCUGUACAAUCCUACAUGCCACUCAUCGAUCUCGAAUCCACAGUCUCAAUAAAAGAACUACUGUACGAUAGCAAGGGUGGAGAGCUGGAUCUCGACCCACGACCAUACUGGCAGCGAUAUGCGUUGAACACCAGUUUGACGCUCAACUACGGGUACAGGAUAGACGGAAACAAGGACGCGCCUCUGCUGAAGGAGAUCGUGGAGGUUGAGCGUGGUGUAGGAAACUUCAGAUCGACAAGCAACAACUGGCAAGACUAUGUGCCACUCUUGAGACUCUUCCCCAGCCAGAGCAACGAGGCGAACAGCUUCCGAAAGAGGCGAGAUGUGUACAUGGACAAGCUUCUCAACACACUGACCGAGAAGAUUGAGAAGGGUACGGAUAAGCCUUGCAUCACUGGCAAUAUCAUGAAGGACCCAGAUGCGAAGCUGAACAGAGCCGAGAUCAAGUCAAUCUGCUUGACCAUGGUAUCGGCAGGUCUUGAUACCGUACCAGGGAACCUCAUCAUGGGCAUCGCACAACUCGCAACCCCCGAAGGUCAGAAGAUUCAACAACGCGCAUACGAUGAGAUCAUGAAAGUAUACCCCAAUAACGAUGCCUGGGAGCGUUGUCUCCACGAGGAGAAGAUCCCGUACAUCACCGCUUUAUACAAAGAAAUACUGCGAUACUGGACCGUCAUUCCCAUCUGCCUACCCAGGGUCUCGAUCAAGGACAUCGAAUGGAACGGCGUCAACAUCCCAGCGGGAACGACCUUCUACAUGAAUGCAUACGCCGCCGACUACGACGCAGAGCACUUCAAGAACCCGGAGAAAUUCGAUCCAGAGCGCUACCUCGACGUUCCAGAUGGUGCGGGAACACCACAUUAUGGAUAUGGUGCCGGCUCGCGUAUGUGCGUUGGUUCGCAUCUCGCUAACCGCGAGCUGUUUACUGCUUUUGUGAGGUUGAUCUCGGCUUUCAAGUUUACGCCACCGGUGGACCCGCGGGAUGAGGCGAUCAUGGACUGCCUUGAUGCGAAUGAUAUUCCAACCAGUUUGACGCUUGAACCAAAGUACUUCAAAGUCGGGUUCAAGCCGAGGAAUAGGCAGCUGCUGGAUCAGUGGAUCAGGGAGAGCGAAGAGCGCGUGAAGGAUUUGAUGUAG